GUCAGCGAUCGGCGAUGUCUGGCAGCAUCUCAAUUGACCUCGGCUACUGCAUGGUCUCUGUGGAGCAGCGCCCGAAAGUCUCGAACUCGUGGGUAACCAAAGUGCUCGAGAAGCACGGGAAACUGUGGGUCGAGUGCGACAGAUUGGUGCCUGCGUUCGCCAAGGUCGUCAAGAAAGAUUUCCGCAUGCUGUCUAAGUUGCAGGCGCUGCGCUGCCGGAAGUGUGAGGAGCUGAUGUUGGACCUCAUGAGCGGCGAUAAGGGGGGGGCGCAGGUGGAGAAGGAUGACCCCUCCAGCGCGAGCCCUACUUCGCUAACUCCUCCUGCCAAGAGGGCAAAGAAGGAGAUGGUGGACAGCAUCGAAGGCUACGUGGCGAUCAGUGUCAUGGACGCUGAUAUGAUGGAGCAUUCGGUCAACGUCUUACCAGCACCGUGCGAGCGGUCGAAGCUAGUCAUCGAGCUGAAUGAUACAAACAUCGCGCUGCUGGGCAAAGUGCCGCGCCAUGAGCAGAGCGCGAACUUCAAGCCCGAGGUCAGCCAGCCUGACGUAUGGUGGAUGCCAUACCGCAAGUCAUUGCGGACGACCUAUUGGAAUGCCGAUACCAAAAAGCUGACCUACAAGACCCUGCAGGUAAAGAUGGGGACCCACCAGGAGAUGCAGCAUCGCUCGGAUAUCCUCGCGAGGCAGCUCCAGACCCUGCACAAUGAGAACCCUGAGCAGGCGGCGUAG